CGCAUGACGGAUAUCACCAGGUUCGAUCGUUUGGAGUGGGCACUUCCAGUGAUGCAACUAUUCCAUCUUCAGAUGAAUCUUGCAUCCACCAUAUUUAAGGCACAUUAUGGAUCUCAGUCUACCGAAGGUUCGCUGGCGUAUUUUGUGGCUUGUUUAGAUCGAAGGCGCUUGGCGUUUCAAUCACAAGAUUAUCGCGCCCUGGAUGAGUUCCUUUGGCUUGUUUUUGAUGCAAUGGUCAGAACGCUUUGG